AAAUUUUAAAGUGACAUUUGACAUGUAACAAUAACAUUUAUGUUACCUAAUGUGCUUAAAUUAUUAUUUUGUAGAUAUAAAGGGCGUAUAAAUAAAAUGUUUGAUAGUUAAAAUGUGAUAGUGAUAUUUUAAUGUAAUAGGUACGAAAUAGCUAACCUCAAAAAUGGCUUCAAAGUUACCUAAGACUACUUUAAAUUUGAAACAGUUUCUCUUGCGUCAAGAAGUUUUAAAAUUAUAUCGCGAUAUUUUCAAAACAUUAAGAAAAGUUCCAGACGAAAAAACACGUUUAGAGCUCCGCGACUGGGCGAGGGUCGACUUCAAAAACAACAAGCAUCAUACAGAUGAAAGUGCUAUUAAAUCUAUGUUGCACUAUGGAAAAAAAUCAUUAAAAGACUUGCAAAGAACAUUGGCUCUUAGUGAAAGUUAAUAAUUUUAACACCAGUUGUAGUUUUAACUUUUGCAUUCGAUUUGUAUUUAUUGAAGUUAUACACUAACCAUAUUCUAGUAUGUGUUUUGUCCUUACAUUGUUCCUUAAUAGUUAAAUAAAAAUGUUAAAAAGA